AUGGCGUCCAGCGACGAGAAGCCUGUUCCGACGCCGGCCUCGACGGGAGGCGACGGCGGGCCGCCGGGGAGGCCGACGACGACGUCGACGAUGCUGCUGGACAAGGGCGCGGCGGCGCUGCAGUCGCUGCGCCCGGUGAAGCAGAUGAAGCAGCACGUGUGCACGUUCGCCCUGUACGCGCACGACCCGCACCGGCAGGUGGAGACCCACCACUACGUCUCCCGCCUCAACCAGGACGUCCUCCAGUGCCCCGUCUACGACUCCGACGACAAGCACGCCCGCCUCAUCGGCGUGGAGUACAUCGUGUCGAGGGAGAUCUUCGAGUCGCUGCCGGCGGAGGAGCAGAGGCUGUGGCACUCGCACGCGCACGAGGUCAAGGCGGGGCUGUGGGCCAACCCGUGGGUGCCCAGCGUGCUGGGCAAGCCGGAGCUGGACCACAUGGCCGGCACGUUCGGCAAGUUCUGGUGCACCUGGCAGGUGGACCGCGGCGACCGCCUGCCGCUCGGCGCGCCCGCGCUCAUGGUGUCGCCGCAGGGGGAGCGCGACGGCGCCGUGCGCCCGGACCUGGUGCGGAGGCGCGACCAGAGGUACAGCUUCUCCACGGAGGAGCUCAGGGCCGCCAGGGCCGACGUGGAGGUGCCGGCCGAGCCGCGCCCCGGCCAGGCCGACUACUGGGUCCGCCACCACAAGGGCUUCGCCGUCGACGUCGUGCCGCACGAGAUGAAGCGCCACGCGCCGUUUCCGUGAGCGAGCGACCCCGUUCCUCGGCGCGCCGGACGUACGUGUCGGCACAAGUGGGUUAUUACAGCGCUUUCGUGUUGUGUGUGUGUGUGAAACUGUGCACUUUGUUUCGUAGUUGCGGUCGAGAUAGCACUGUGUAAUAGCUACUGGUCUGAAAAUAAAAGCAUGUACGUAAUUCUCAGUUCUGCUGCCUGUGCUUGUGCUAUA